UUGUGCCUUGGUCAUCAUGGGAAUACUCUAUCCAUUGGAAACAGGGCAGUGACACCAAAAAGCAUGAAAUUGCACAAAAGCUUUGUAAUCAAAUCAUGUGCAUUAUUUGUGAAAACACUCUCCUUCCCAUGACAAGUGUUUCCCUUCCUGAUUUAGGCAUAGAAUACUAGUUACCUUAGCCACACACACACAGAGAAACAAGGAAGCCAAAAAAAAAUUGAAUCAUCAUCAUCAUCUCCAUCAUCAUCAUCAUUAUUCAUUAUUUUUUCCCCAUUCUUUCUUCUAUCUAGGGAUAGGGUUUUCAAUUCCAAUCAAACCCAACACAAAGCUCACGCCUUUCGCAUUGGAAUCACAAAUUGCCUUCGCCAUCUUCAUUUUCAGCCAAAAGGGUCUCCAGGGGACUUGUCUUUCCUUGCCCAUUCCGACCUAGGCUUCUAGAGAGAGAAAAAGGGGGUUUCUAGAGAGAGAAAGUUGUGAUGAUGGGAAUGUAGCGUGGAGCUCUCAUCCGAGCAAUGUUGGAAAUGGAGAAGGAUUUUGAUUCCAAGCUGAAGAUUCAAGGGAAUUCUUCGUCUUCCAAUGGGGGUGGGGGUGGGACUGGGAAUGUGCAGAGAUCCAAGAGCUUUGCUUUUAGGGCUCCCCAGGAGAAUUACACCAUUCAGGACUUUGAAUUGGGCAAGAUCUAUGGUGUUGGCUCGUAUUCUAAGGUUGUUAGGGCAAAGAAGAAGGAUACAGGAACUGUAUAUGCAUUGAAAAUCAUGGACAAGAAAUUUAUUACCAAAGAGAACAAAACAGCUUAUGUGAAGUUGGAACGUAUAGUGCUUGAUCAAUUGGAUCAUCCUGGCAUUGUGAGGCUAUAUUUUACAUUUCAAGACUCAUUUUCUCUGUACAUGGCACUUGAAUCCUGUGAAGGUGGAGAACUUUUUGAUCAAAUAACCAGGAAAGGUCGUCUAACUGAGGAUGAGGCACGAUUCUAUGCAGCUGAAGUUGUGGAUGCUCUCGAAUACAUACAUAAUUUGGGAGUGAUACAUCGUGAUAUUAAGCCAGAGAACUUAUUACUUACGGCAGAAGGACAUAUUAAAAUAGCUGAUUUUGGGAGUGUGAAGCCAAUGCAGGAUAGCCAAAUCACUGUCCUUCCAAAUGCAGCUUCAGAUGACAAAGCCUGCACAUUUGUGGGAACAGCUGCUUAUGUCCCUCCAGAGGUUCUUAAUUCCUCUCCAGCAACUUUUGGAAAUGACCUCUGGGCACUUGGUUGCACAUUAUACCAAAUGCUAUCUGGAACUUCCCCUUUUAAAGAUGCAAGUGAAUGGCUUAUUUUCCAAAGAAUUAUAGCAAGAGAAAUUCGAUUUCCAGAUUACUUUUCAGAUGAAGCAAGAGACCUUAUUGACCGUCUAUUGGAUUUGGAACCCAGCAGGAGACCAGGUGCAGGAUCUGAUGGUUAUGCAACUUUGAAAAGGCAUCCCUUUUUCAAGGGGGUUGACUGGGAUAACUUAAGGGUACAGGUUCCCCCAAAACUUGCUCUGGAACCUGGGGUUAGUGGGACUCAGUCGCCUGCGGGUGAUGAUGCUCAGGACUCGUCAUGGAGUCCUUCUCACAUUGGGGAUGGCUCUGCAGCUUCUGUUAGACAACCUGAUGGAGCUACAUCAUCUACGGAAGGGACUGGUCACAUAACCAGGCUAGCUUCAAUUGAUUCGUUCGAUUCAAAAUGGCAACAAUUUUUGGAUCCUGGCGAAUCUGUUCUUAUGAUCUCUAUGGUGAAGAAAUUACAAAAACUAACAAGCAAGAAGGUGCAGCUCAUCCUUACCAACAAACCGAAGUUGAUCUACGUGGAUCCGUCAAAAUUACUUGUGAAAGGAAAUAUAAUAUGGUCUGAUAAUCCAAAUGAUUUAAGCAUUCAAGUGACUAGUCCUUCACAUUUCAAGAUUUGCACACCUAAAAAGGUAAUGUCGUUUGAGGACGCGAAGCAAAGAGCAUCUCAGUGGAAGAAGGCAAUUGAAGGACUUCAAAACCGGUGAAUUCAUUCUGGUUGAGUAACAUUCUUUUAGAUAUCUUCAUAUUAUUCAGCAAGAAAUGAUAUAAAACAACAGUCAUUUACCCAUCAAAAGAAAAAUGAAUUUGUAGAUUUAGCUUUGCUUAAAGCUGGUUUAAGCUAAUUCCUCGUAACAGCUUAAUUUCGUGACUGGGUUUUUCCUUCCUCUUUCAUGCUUCCACGGGAUGACAAAAUGUAGAAGUUCUAGUUGUUACCAUGUUGGGGGUUGGAACCAAUACUUUGUAAGAAAAAUUUCAGUUAUUUUUUUCAUAUAAGAUAUAUUGCAAGGUGGAAGAUAUCGCAUUUUGGUUAUAGUAUUGUAUGAAUCAUUGAAUUGCUCAA